UCGAAGAGAUCAUGCGUGACAGCUCCAGCCAAUCUCUGCUGCAUUGCAGUGGAGAAAGAGAGAGAGAGAGAUAGCUGCCUGAGGGGGUGGGGACAGCAUCUCAAAGCUGUCUCUCUCUGUCUUACACACACACAAAUACCGCUCCUUGCAGGGACAUACAAAGAGCUCCGUUCAGCAGUCCAAGGCAGAGCGAAACAUUUUUCGGAAAAAGCAACUGCGAGUUUUGACCUCCUUAUGGCUGAAGGAGAACUGGAUGAGCACGUGGCCCGAGCGAUAGAGCUGCAUUCCCGAAAGGACUUGUGCACAAAACACAGAAAGCUAGCACACAGGUACAGCAGUUCAAAGAUGCUGGACCUCCUGAACAGCCAGUUUGACUCCUUUCUCUUCUGGAGGACCCCCAUCCCCAUGGUGGACAUCUCAGAGAUUGAGGUGCUGGGUCUCGAUGUGCCCAAGUCCGGCGCCGGGGGACAGACCUCUAUGGGCGCACCUCGCGACUCACAAGACACGGAGGAGGAGGACGGAACGCUGGCCCAGUACAAUACCUUCAAUUUCUGGCGAGAUCCCAUUGCGAGUUUCAGCGGCCUCGACUUGGAACUGCUCUGAGUUGGUUCUCCCACAAACGUCGCCUUGAAUGAGCUAUUAAUGUAUUGUUCAUAACCCAUAAAGUUUUACCAUUUAUGUGUGAAA